AAGCCCGUUAACAACACAUUGAAACGAAGCCCAAUAAAGAAUGUACGGAAGUAAUAAAGUUAUAAAAAGGGUUAGGGUUUCUAGCCGCUUGCAUAACCCUAACGCCCACACAAAAAGAUUAACAGCGGCUGUAAUACCAACCACUUGCAGAAUGAAGGUUGUCGCAGCGUUUUUGUUGGCUCUUUUGGGAGGUAACGCAACCCCGUCCGAUGAAGACUUGAAGAACAUCCUUGCUUCAGUUGGAGCAGACGCUGAUGAUGACAAAAUUGAGCUGCUGUUGUCUCAAGUAAAGGGAAAAGACAUCACUGAACUCAUUGCAUCCGGAAGGGAGCGGCUGGCUUCAGUUCCUUCUGGUGGCGGUGUUGCAGUUGCCGCUGCAGCUGCAGUUGGUGGCGGUGGUGAUGCAGCACCUGCAGCCGCUGCCGAAGAGCCAAAGAAAGAGGAAAAAGAAGACGAGGAGUCUGCUGAAGAGGGAUUAUUUGGCUUAUUUGAUGACUAAAAGAAGCAGACUGCAAUCUCUUGUUUUGAAGCGGGCUAGAGUUUUAUCGUUUACUAUCUACUAUGUUUUUGUUUUUUAGUUUUAUUAUUGCUGAACCGGUUAAUGUGCAAGACAUGAGGAACGCGAGUAUCGUAUCGUUUCUUCUUUGUGGUGGUUGUUACAUUUUAAUGUUUGACAUUUAGCUUUGGGAUGCUUUUACCAUGACUCUUAAAUUGUGGGAUU